AUUAGUGCUGCGAAUGUUUUUGUUGGGUUGUGCAGAAUCAGCUAGAAUAUCGGACACACUUUGGGGCACUGGCAGUUUUGGAACAGAGGCUGUUGUCGUUCUACGUGUGAUAAAAAGGGAACGAAACUAAAGCAAACAUGAAAAGCAAGAAAACCACAAAGCGAAACUAGCGUGAGCCACCGUAAAUCUGUGAACAUCAACAAAAGCGCAUCUAAUCAAGCGUCUGCAUUUGUACCGCCAAAAACAGAGCGAACCGUCGCGACGUUGCGAAUUGCGCGCAUUCUCUCGCACGAGUGAAAAUGAGUGAAUGUUAACGGUGAGCAAGAGAAUUUCCAUUCCCGCUCAGUUUCUGGUUGUGCAACAAUUUUGUUUGGUCACCUUCGUGGUAUGAGAAAUGACGGUUAAACUGCAAACAAGUGGACCACUGUCGAUCCGCCCGGCAUCGCAUUUAUCCACCACCAGUUCAGGCCAGCGAAGUUCAAUGAUGUCCUCCAAUGCCUCACUGGAAGCCGCCAGCGAGAGCAAACGACGCUCGAUAUUAAUUCUCUCGCUGAUUGCGACGUGUAUAUUUUUGUUUGUGCUCUGUCUUUGUCUGUUAUGUGCACUGGUGCUAGUCGGUAAAAGUUUGUCGGCACAUCACUCGACUCCUCUGCUUUCGGCGUAUCUCAGCCGUAUGUCAAACGGUGCUGAAUUGACAACAACUAGUACAACAACAACAGUUGUCAAGAAAACCGGCAAAAGCAUUGAUCAUUUUAAUCGGCCUGCAUUGUUUGACGAAGAUAAGGGAACCUCUGAUAAGGCCGAAGAGGAGGACAAUCGAACUGCUAUUGUGCUACCUAAUUCAGUGUACUCGGGAGCGACCGGUGGAAUGAAUAACGUGUUGAAAAUGGGCUCGAAAGUAGUGGAAAAGUUAAACUUCCGAUUACCGCGGCAUGUGAAGCCAAGGCACUACAAGUUGUUGUUGCAUCCGGACCUGGAGCAGCAAACGUUUUCCGGCCAGAUCGGUAUUGACAUUAUGGUUAGUGAGCCAACGGAUUACAUAGUGCUGCACAGCAAACAGCUAGCAAUCGAAGGAACAACAGUUAAGCGGCUGCUGCCCGAUCGUUCGGAAUUGCCGGUGGUGGUGAAGCAGGCUUACACCUAUGAUCCGCAUCAGUACUGGGUGAUUGAAACCGAAAGCAUCGAUAGUGGAGAGUAUCGGCUGAGUAUGAACUUUUCUGGAAGUCUGGCGAAUCGGAUUGUGGGUUUCUAUAGUAGCAGUUAUCGGGACAAGGAAACUAAUUCCACAAGAAAAAUUGCCACUUCCAAAUUCGAACCGACGUUCGCCCGCCAGGCUUUCCCGUGUUUUGACGAACCACAAUUGAAGGCAACCUAUACCGUUAGCUUGGUACAUCCGAAUACUAAUAGCUACCAUGCACUAUCUAACAUGGACAUCGAUGAAACCCUCAACAACGUUCCGGCCACCGGAUUCAGUACUACCGUGUUUAAUCCCAGUGUACCGAUGAGUACCUAUCUGGUUGCGUUCAUUGUAAGUGACUUUCAGUACGAGAAUGUCAGGAUUACGCCCACCAUUGGAGAACCAUUCGAUCUGCGCGUAUACGCCACUCCAAUUCAAAUGGACAAUGUACGAUUCGCUCGUGACACUGCCGAUAAAGUGAUACAGCAUUAUAUCAACUAUUUCAAUAUACCAUACCCGCUACCAAAACUGGACAUGGCCGCCAUUCCAGAUUUCGUUUCCGGUGCCAUGGAAACAUGGGGACUGGUCACGUAUCGCGAAACUAGCAUUCUCUAUAAUAAACAAACAAGUUCCACGGCCAACAAACAACGAGUGGCAGAGGUGAUUGCCCACGAGCUGGCACAUAUGUGGUUUGGAAAUUUGGUUACUAUGAAGUGGUGGAACGAGUUGUGGCUUAAUGAAGGAUUCGCCAGUUACAUUGAGUAUAAGGGUGUCGAUAGUGCCUAUCCAGAGUGGGGCAUAAUGGAGCAGUUUACGAUCGAUAAUUUGCACGGCGUGCUAACAUUAGACGCAACCAUUGGUUCCCAUCCGAUUGUGGUGAAGGUAGAAACUCCGAAUCAAAUAACCGAGAUCUUCGAUACGAUCACAUAUUCGAAGGGUGCAUCGGUAAUUCGCAUGUUAGAGGAUUUUGUUGGCGAACAAGUCUUUAAGGCUGGUGUGACCGCCUACUUAAACAAACUUAAGUACGGUAAUGGCGUGUCAGAAGAUUUGAUGGAAGAGCUGGAUAAAUUGUUUGAAGAUCCGACGGAUUCAACCGUGACCGUAUCGUUGGUGAUGGAUACUUUUACCAAGCAGAAAGGGUUUCCAGUUGUAACCGUUGAAAUGGUUGGAUCACAAUUCCAUUUGUCGCAGUCAAGAUUCCUUGCUGAUCCGGAGGCGAUCGAUACCGAAGUUUCCGAAUUCGGUUACAAAUGGUACAUCCCGCUGACAUAUAUUACAUCAAGUCAACAAGCCCCGGCGCAGCGCAAAUGGCUUCCUAACUCGGGAGAUAAAGUUCACAUUGAUGCAGAGGGCUCGAAUCCCUGGAUCAAGCUGAAUCUCGGACAGGUCGGAUACUACCGUGUGAACUAUCCUGUUGCCAUGUGGGAGCAGUUUAGUACCGCUUUGAUGGCCAACGUAAAUGCUUUUAACAUUGGCGAUCGGACCGGGCUGCUGAAUGAUGCGUUUGCAUUGGCAGACGCUUCCUUGUUGCGGUAUGACGUGGCACUUGGAUUAACCAAAUUCUUGAAACAGGAGACGGAGUACGUUCCGUGGGCUACGGUCUCCAGCAAGAUGAAGUCGAUCAGAAACUUAAUCUACGAUUACGAUUCAUACGAUGCACUAUCGGCUUAUACACGUAGUCUUGUAGCAGAGGCAUAUAACGCCGUUGGAUGGGAUGUUCCAGAAGAUCAAAGUGAGAGUGAUCAUAUGAAGAAUCGGCUUCGAUCAACCAUUUUGGAUCUAGCUUGCUCAUUCGGUUACGAACCAUGUCUCGAAGCAGCGCAUACACUCUUUCAGGAUUGGUUGAAAAGCGGAAAGGAAAUUCACACGGACGUCCGUUCGGUAGCGUACUAUUACGGUGUCCAGAAAUCCAGCGUCGAAGACUGGCGCGAAGUGAAGGCUCGUUACCGCAUGGAAACCGAUGCCAACGAGAAGUCAAAGCUGAUGAGUGCCUUAACGGCGUUCCCUAGUGCUAGAGUGUUGGCCGCCUUUUUAGAAGAAGCUUGGGAUCCAUCACUGGUACGGGAGCAGGAUCAUCUUAGCUGCAUUCAGAGCGUUGCCGCAAAUAAAGUUGGAGAACCGGUGGCAUGGGAUCACGUGCGUGAAAAUUGGGACCGGCUAGUGGCGCGGUUUACACUAGGUGAAAGAAAUCUUGGUCGAAUGAUACCAUCGGUUACUGGACGUUUUUCGACCAAGGUGCGCCUACAGGAGCUGGAGGAUUUCUUCCGGCGGAACCCAGAUGCGGGAGCCGGUGCUACCGCUAGAGUGCAGGCUCUGGAAAACAUUAACAACAACAUCAAGUGGCUCAAUCGAAAUCAAGAAAUCAUUGCCGAUUGGCUAAAAGCUGAAGCGAUACCGCUUCGAUAGGAGUUUAUUGUAUUUUGAGUUUUCUUUUGUUUGCAUCGAAAUUAAAAUGUGAUACACGUAAAAGUAAACUUUUGAGACGAG